AUGUUAGAAGACGGGGCGUUGCUGGAGGCUGGUGGAUUUUUGGUGUCCAGCUUGUGGGCUGGCAGGUGUAACAAAAAUAUAUUUCUGUGUCAUCAAAGCAAAGGGCUAGCUUCGAAAAAAACAAAGUCUGACAGUUGGCUUGGCACAGCUUCAAAGCUAGUGUAAUGUGAGCAGUGUGUAGCCAGCCGACAGCAUAAGUAUGUGGUGAGGUAAUCGGAUUGUAAUAGGGGAAGUAUGCAGGACUUGGCUGACUUGUAGGCCUAGGCUAAUAAAAUACAAUUGUUACAAUCUAGGCAUAUUGCUGUGCUUCCCCCCGCCCCCACGUUGGCCUAUCGCUCUAUCAAAAUCCGCACAAAUCACAUUUUCUAUAUGUUGAUUUCUUUCACUUUAUGCAAACAUAGUGGGGCUUUUGCAAAUGUCUAAUUUCCAUAGCAAAUUAGCAGACCCCAGCUAGUAUGGAGAACUAGAGGGAGAGAAAUACUGUGUUAUGGGGGAGCGAGUGAGUUUAGUGCCGAGGCGAUGAGUUUUACAUCAAGUAGGUAUCAGUCGAUACUUGUAAAAAUGUCCAUUCUUUCAUGCGUAACUUGUACCUAUAUUUGUCCUGUGUAGUUGCAUUAUUUUCUUUAGGUUCUGCAAUCUGUAGUUUUUGAUAAAAUGUAAUUCUAUGUGACCUCUGUCAAAUUGUGCCGUGCAAUGACGGGGCUGCUCCUUCUGCGUUAACAAACAACGGCUCCCUUGACGGAGAUUGCAUAAAAAAAGAAUGCAACUACACAGGACAAACAUAUAGGUACAAGUUACGCAUGUACCGAUUCAAUGUAGUCGGAAGUAGGCUACACUCCGCCAAAACCCAUUGCCUCGGCACUCAACUCCAGUUGAGAAUUCUUGGCUAAGGUAGGACUAGCCUUUUGAUCUGGUCCUACCAUUGGUGAAUGAAGCAGAACAUAAGUGCUGUGCUGUAGGUUUCCCCCCUACAGUGGUUGUAAUGACUGUGUGCACAGUGCAGCUCUUUGUGUGGGCUGGCUGUGAUGACUUUGUGUGGACUGUCUGUGUGUGUCUCUCUCUAGCAGCAGGGCUGACAUCGCAGAGCCAGAGAUCUUGUGUCAGUUGGUCUCACGAUGCUGCUGGGGUUGACUUAUUACUGGCAGAUCAGAUGACUGCUUGCUAGGCUGCAUAUGCUGGAUGGAUACGCUGCAUAUCCACAGCAGAUAUCUGUCAGGGUGUCGAUGAGCUGUGUUUCUUAGCAACCAGGCGACCUCUCACUCUUACAUCAGUAGCGGUAGUUGGUGGGGGUGUUUGGUGCACUAUUAAACCCCUUGAUUUCUCUCCUCCUCUCCAGAGUCUGUGUAUGACCUCCUCCCUAAGGAGCUCCAGCUGCAGCCGUCCUCCUCCUCCAAGACAGACACACCCACCAUGAGCCAGAAGAGUGGGGGAGAGGCCAGACCACCCCCUUCUGCAUCCCUGGCCUCAGGUAAGCCCCUCACUCUCAACCCACCAGCCUGACCUAGGAUCAGAUUACUCUCCUCAUAACCUCACCUAGAUCGUUAGUGGGCAGAACAUUAGGCUGACCUUAGAUCAGUGUCUAGGGAACAACUCUCCACCCUUCCUGCUGAGUGCCUGUGGGGCAGUGGGUGCUAGUGGUGCUGUAUUCUGGGAAAUUAAGUCUUCACCUCUGUAGGGCAAAUGUAGGCCAUGGUUACUGUAGACGGGACAGGUGUGAGAGAGUGGGAAUAAAUAUAGUUUUAUGUUAAAAUGAAUAGUGAAUGAGCAUGGCCUUGGUCUAUAUAUUCCUAAAGUCAUAUUAGGCUACAAACUACUGUUGCCUGUAAUCUCUCUCUAGUCUAUAAUCAAAAUAUAAUUAAAAACUGUUUUGUUUUAGUUCGUUUGAUUGUUUUAUGUUUUCAUCUCUCUUACAUAGAGAGAAGUAAAUUAAUUAAACCCAUCACUAGAGACUGUAUUUACCGUCAGUUUCUAUUGCUAGUUUUUAUUCUCAGAUGGUGGGAAGAGGUGAAAACAGCUGGUUAUAAUUAGCAAAGCAAUUAUCAUGUCCUUUUAGCACUUCUGAAUUAGCACGCCUGUCUGGAUCUGAACUGCCUGUCUGCUAUAGCCUUUCUGUGAUGAAGAUAAGAUGACACACACGAACACACUAAGUCAUGUAGACUAGCAUAAAGAAAAUAUCUCAUAUCUCAAGAGAUCUUGUAUUAGGCCUAGAUCAGAAAAAAACUAUAUGUGGUAGUGUCACAUCAGUGGUUGGGGUUUUAAAACAGAACGUGAAAUGAUUUUGAAAACAUCAGAGUACUCAUACACAAGACUAGUAGACCACUUCCCUUUAGCACAGGAAGCUGACUGAACUUGGUAGUCUAGUGGCUGCUGUCAUUGUGCACAGUAAACCAGAAGUAUGUAUAAGUUGACCUUAACCACUGAUACAGGCUCAGAUAUAUUCUUAACCCCCUUAUUGGUUAGUUAGGAUUGGGGUGUAGGGUAGCCUGUCCCAGAUCUAUGUGUUUUAGUCAACUCCUCUGACUCGUUGUCAUGCCAUACAUGUGCCAGGCUAGGGUAAUCUGAUCCUAGAUCUGUGGUUAGGGGCAGCUUCUACCUCAAGCUCAGUUUUCCGAGUCUAGCUGGAAUCACACUAAAACAUCUGCCACAGCUGUACUCAAACACUAAAAAUCUACUAAGAGACAACUUAAGUUAUCCUCACAACAGUAUUUCAUUGAUUCAAUUUGCUGAUUGCCAGGAAGUUGAGUCAUGACUGAUCAGCUCUUGUUGCUCAUUGGCUGUCUCAUUUGUAUUGCAGGAAAUUUCCUCCCUCUGAGGCAUGGGGUGGCUGCAUAUAAAAUGGCCUGCAGGUCACUGCUCCAUAGGUCAGAGCCUUGUUUAUUCUGUUGCCAUGGCUACGCUCAGUCCUAAUCAAAUCCUCCAAUUGGCAUGUUCAGACCAUUGUAUAGGCCUAAUACUGUAUGCACAAACUGCUCUAGCCCCCCUCUACAUUUAAUUUGGCACCGCAUCUUUAGUUUGCAAAUUUGUCUGUUAAGAGGAAAGUCUGACUGACCAGAUCUUGCUGUUUUUGUUUCUGGCAAUGUGUAUGUAACGAUUUUAGAAGCUUGCUUUAGUUUUUUGUAAACAAAGCAUGUCCAUUUUGUCACGUUGAUUUUUAAAGAGCAAGUUUUAGUAGGAAUUAAACAUUCCAAUGGGGGAAACAUGGGGCCUAUUUGUACCAUUCUCAACUUUAACUUCAGAAAAGUUGACCGCCACCAGAGAGCUCUGGCAUGCACAGUGAGGGCAUGUAGCCACACAAAAAACAUCCUCAAAUGAAUUUAGAUCAUGCACAAAUUCAGCUGCUUGAAUGGGACUGCUAGCCUGCUCUGUAUUGACAUCUGUACUAAUAAUGUGAUCUUCUACACUCCAGAUGCCAUCUCCUCCACCUCCAGCCCUUCUCCAUCCUCCUCUCAAGACAUGGGAGACCCCUGCACCACCAGCCCCAGACCCAGCACAGCCCCCUCUACCUCAUCUAUGAAACAGCCCCAGUCCCCCCUCCUCCUCCACCAUCCCAGCAGUGCCCCUGGAGAGGGUUCAGGAGCCCCAGGGGGAUCACAGAUGCAGGGUGUGGAGGGAGCUCUGUCUGCCCUUGGAGGUGGAAGCUGCAGUGGGACCAGCUCUGGAACAGGAGACCCAGGAGCAGCAGGGGGGGUGGGAGCCCAGCAGCAGCCCCAGAACACCCCCUCUAAGAGGAGGCCAGUGCUGAGCAUCUCCCCCCCUCCGGAGGACCUAUUUGAUGACAGCAAUAUGUCCUGCCAGGAGGAUCCAGCCCCGGCCGGGCCAGCAGGGCCAGACUCAGAAUACAGCAGCAGCAUCUGGGCCGACGACUCAGCCUCCAACUUCAGCCUGCUCAGCUCCAGCUCCUACAAUGACAACACAGAGGUCCCCCGCAAAUCCCGUAAACGCACCCCCCGCCAGCGGCCCGGGCCCAAGCCUUCACCCCCAGAGGACAGCAUGGACAUGUUUGAUGCAGACAGUGCCAAGGCCCCACACUUUGUCCUGUCUCAGCUGGGCCCAGACAAGGCCAGUCCCAAGCCCAAGUAGGUUGAAUAGAAUGCAAGUCCCAACAGAAUGGCAAAAGUCUUACCAGACUUGAUACAUAUCAAUCAAACAGGGUUUAUUAAACAUAGACACAAACAAAUACAAGAACAUGUUUCAGUUUAAUACAAUAUGCAAGAAAACAAGAAAGAUAGAUAGAUACAUACAAUACCAGUCAAAAGUUUGGACACCUACUCAUUCAAGGGUUUUUCUUUAUUUUUACUAUUUUCUACAUUGUAGAAUAAUAGUGAAGACAUCAAAACUAUGAAAUAACACAUAUGGAAUCAGGUAGUAACCAAAAAAGUGUUAAACAAAUCAAAAUAUAUUUUAUAUUUCAGAUUCUUCAAAUAGCCACGCUUUGCCUUGAUGAAAAAUGUAUGCACACAUGACUAAGUCGCUUUGGAUAAAAGCGUCUGCUAAAUGGCAUUAUUAUUAUGACAGCUUUGCACACUCUUGGCAUUCUCUCAACCAGCUUCAUUAGGUAGUCACCUGGAAUGCAUUUCAAUUAACAGGUGUGCCUUCUUAAAAGGUCAUUUGUGGAAUUUAUUUCCUUAAUGCGUUUGAGCCAAUCAGUUGUAUUAUGACAAGGUAGGAGGGGUAUACAGAAGAUAGCCCCAUUUGGUAAAAGACCUAGUCCAUAUUAUGGCAAGAACCAGCUCAUAUAGGCAAAGAGAAACGACAGUCCAUCAUUACUUUAAGACAUGAAGGUCAGUCAAUACGGAACAUUUCAAGAACUUUGAAAGUUUCUUCAAGUGCAGUCGCAAAAACCAUCAAGCGCUAUGAUGAAACUGGCUCUCAUGAGGACCGCCACAGGAAUGGAAGACACAGAGUUACCUCUGCUGCAGAGGAUGUUGAGAUGUGUCAGUUACCAGCCUCUGAAAUUGCAGCCCAAAUAAAUGCUUCAGAGUUCAAGUAACAGACACAUCUCAACAUCAACUGUUCAGAGGGGACUGUGUGAAUCAGGCCUUCAUGGUCGAAUUGCUGCAAAGAAACCACUACUAAAGGACACCAAUAAGAAGAAGAGACCUGCUUGGACCAAGAAACACAAGCAAUGGAUAUUAGACCGGUGGAAAUUUGUCCUUUGGUCUGGAGUCCAAAUUGGACAUUUUUUUAUUCAAACUGCUGUGUCUUUGUGAGACGUGGUGUGGGUGAACGGAUGAUCUCCGCUUGUGUAGUUCCCACCGUAAAGCAUGGAGGAGGAAGUGUUAUGGUGUGGGGGUGCUUUGGUGGUGACACUGUCUGAUUUAUUACGAAUUCAUGGCACACUUAACCAGCAUAGCUACCACAGCAUUCUGCAGCGAUACACCAUCUCAUCUGGUUUGGGCUUAGUGGGGCUAAAAAAAAUUUCAACAGGACAAUGACCCAACACACCUCCAAGCUGUGUAAGGGCUAUUUUACCAAGAAGGAGAGUAAUGGAGUGCUGCAUCAGAUGACCUGGCCUCCACAAAACCCCGACCUCAACCCAAUUGAGAUUGUUUGGGAUGAUUCGGACGGCAGAGUGACGGAAAAGCAGCCAUCAAGUGCUCAGCAUAUGUGGGAACUCCUUCAAGACUGUUGGAAAAGCAUUCCAGGUGAAGCUGGUUGAGAGAAUGCCAUGAGUGUGCAAAGCUGUCAUCAAGGCAAAGGGUGGCUAUUUAAGAAUCUCAAAUAAAAUAUAUUUUGAUUUGUUUAACACUUUUUGCGUUACUACUUGAUUCCAUAUGUGUUAUUUCAUAGUUUAGAUGUCUUCACUAUUAUUCUACAAUGUAAAAAUAAAGAAAAACCCUUGAAUGAGUAGGUGUCCAAACUUUUGACCGGUAGUGUGUAUACAAAACAAAUAUGGGAGAUUGGAAAUGAUGCAGACAAUUACAUUGAUGGAAGCUACAAUCUAUCUGAAAUAUUGAAGCUGAUCUGCACCCAAAAAAAAAUUUCAUCAAUAAAUAAGAUAUAGAUUCAUCAAUAAUGGCUGUUGAAGCCGAAAAGGCCUAAUAAUUGACAACAAAUAUAUAAAGAUAACUUUAUUCCAUUACUCAACAAUAUGAAAGAUCAAAUUAAAUUGAAAAAUCUUCUCAUAAAUCUUACAGGUAGAAUAAACCUCUUUUAGAAUGGCAUGUCUGCCGAAGUUUUUGAAUUAAUUUUCGAUAAUACCAAUUAUCCCACUGAAGACAUUCUUUAAAAAAGUAUACUCAGUCAUAAGACUUUAUAUGGGCAAAUAAAAUUCAUAGAAUAAAAGGGAAAGUUUUACAUCUUCCUAAGUCUGAGGGUGGUUUUAACCUUCCAGACUUGGAAAUGUAUUAACUCGCUACCCAGGGCUUUUACUUGCGACAUAUAGUUAAAAGAGGAACAAUGGGUACAUAUUGAAGAUGUGCAUGCUCAUCCCCAGAAUAUUUUUACGUAUCUAUUUUCAAAGGAUAAAGUUAAGAACAUUAACAACUUCAUAGUUAAGAACAAUAUAACAAUAUGGAAGAAAAUGUAACUUAUUCUACAAGAACCGAUAUCACUCGCUAAAAACACAACUUUAUGGAACAAUCCUUGGAUAGCUUUUCAGAAUUCACCGAUUUUAAAUUGGUCCACAUGGAAAACAAAAGGCAUAAAAACCGUAAAUGACUUGGCCAUUUAUUUCCAUGACAGAAUGUAAAGUAAUUUUGGACUGAACAAAAAUAUAAACGCAACAUGUAAAGUGUUGGUCCCAUGUUUCAUAAGGUGAAAUAAAAUAUCCCAGAAAUGUUCCAUACUCAUAAAGUGUUUCUCAAAAAAAAAAAAAAAAAAAGUUUUUUUUAUAUACCUGUUAGUGAGUAUUUCUCCUUUGCCAAGAUAAUCCAACCACCAGACAGGGGUGGCAUAUCAAGAAGCUGAUUAAACAGCAUGAUCAUUACACAGGUGUACCUUGUGCUGGGGACAAUAAAAGGCCACUAAAAUGUGCAGUUUUGUAACACAACACAAUGCCACAGAUGUUUUGAGGGAGUGUGCAAUUGGUAUGUUGACUGCAGGAAUGUCCACCAGAGUUGUUGCCAGAGAAUUGAACGUUCAUUUCUUUACCAUAAGCUGCCUCCAAGAUCAUUUUAGAGAGUUUGGCAGUACCUCCAACCAGCCUCACAACCGCAGACCACGUGUAACCACGCCAGCCCAGGACCUCCACAUCCGGCUUCUUCACCUGCGGGAUCGUCUGAGACCAGCCACCCCGGAGGAGAGCUGAUGAAACUGUGGGUUUGCACAAACUGUCAGAAACCAUCUCCGAGAAGCUCAUCUGCGUGCUCGUCGUCCUCACCAGGGUCUUGACCGGACUGCAGUUCGGCGUCAUAGCCGACUUCAGCGGGCAAAUGCUCACCUUCGGUGGCCACUGGCAUGCUGGAAAAGUGUGCUCUUCACAGAUAAAUCCUGGUUUAUACUGUACCGGGCAGAUGGCAGACAGUGUAUGGCGUCAUGUGGGUGAGUGGUUUGCUGAUGUCAACGUUGUGAACAGAGUGCCCCAUGGUGGGGUUAUGGUAUGGGCAGGCAUAAGCUACGGACAACGAACGCAAUUGCAUUUUAUCAAUGGCAAUUUGAAUGCACAGAGAUACUGUGACGAGAUCCUGAGGCCCAUUGUCGUGCCAUUCAUCCACCACCAUCACGUCAUGUUUCAGCAUGAUAAUGCAUGGCUCCAUGUCGCAUGGAUCUGUACACAAUAACUGAAAGCUGAAAAUGUCCCAGUUCUUUCAUGGCCUGCAUACUCACCAGACAUGUCACCCGUUGAGCAUGUUUGGGAUGCUCUGGAUCGACAUGUACGACAGCGUGUUCCAGUUCCCGCCGAUAUCCAGCAACUUUGCACAGCCAUUGAAGAGUGGGACAACAUUCCACAGGCCACAAUCAACAGCCUGAUCAACUCUAUGCGAAGGAGAUGUGUCGCGCUGCAUGAGGCCAAUGGUGGUCACACCAGAUACCGACUGGUUUUCUGAUCCAUGCCCCUACUUUUUUUUUUUUUUUAAAGGUAUCUGUGACCAACAGAUGUAUAUCUAUAUUCCCAGUCAUGUGACAGCCAUUGAUUAGGGUCUAAUGAAUUUAUUUGUGUCGUGUGUUCUCCAGUUCUCUGGAGGCUGGGUGCCUGCUGAAGGGAUGUAUUCUGUCAGGUCAGUACCCCCAGAAGAGUGAGGGCAAGGAGCUGAAGAUCCUGUUGCAGCCAGAGACCCAGCACCGGGCACGCUACCUGACCGAGGGCAGCCGCGGCUCUGUCAAAGACCGCACCCAACAGGGCUUCCCCACGGUCAAGGUGAGACACUUUAUUUUUACAACCAUUAAAUAAGAUAGAUUAGUCAUUAGGUUGAUUUGUGUGUGUUAAGCUAUGUUGCACUCUCAGCUCUACUCACCAUCUUCUCUCCUUCUCUCUCCAGUUGGAGGGCGUCAGUGAGCCGGUGGUGCUGCAGGUGUUUGUGGCCAGUGACACAGGCAGAGUGAAGCCUCAUGGGUUCUACCAGGCCUGCAGGGUGACGGGCCGCAACACCAAAGCCUGCAAGGAAGUGGACAUCGAGGGAACCACUGUCAUAGAGAUCCCUCUGGAGCCCAGCAACGCCAUGUCACUAGCGUAAGGGACUCAUUCAUUUAGUUAAUGAAAAUUGAAGCAUUGUUGAAAUAUCAGUGUGUUACUGUGUGUUUGUGUUUCAUCAUCUGAACAUUUUGUAAUGUUGAAUCUUGACAGGGUUGACUGUGUGGGGAUCCUGAAGCUGCGUAACGCGGACGUGGAGGCUCGUAUUGGGGUUGCCGGGUCCAAGAAGAAGAGCACCCGGGCCAGGCUGGCCUUUAGGGUCAACAUCCCCCAGCCUGAUGGGUCUGUCCUCACCCUGCAGACCACCUCCUCACCCAUCCUCUGCAGUGCGUCAACUACCACCCUAUUCAUACAAACACAAAUAACUAUUGGGUAUCGAGAGUAAAAAGUAAAUUUGGAUGUAUAUGUGCUUGUUUGAUGUUUCAUUCAAUUCAGUGUGUUCGUGUCGGGCUGGAACAAAAGCUGGCACACCACGUAGCUCCUUAACUGACUUGCCUAGUUAAAUAAAGGUAAAAUAAAAUACAAAUACAAAUACUCUGCUGUGUUUGUGUCCUUCCCCAGCCCAGCCAGCGGGGGUGCCAGAGAUCCUGAAGAAGAGUCUCCACAGCUGUUCAGUGAGAGGAGGAGAGGAGCUCUUCAUCAUAGGGAAGAACUUUCUCAAAGGAACCAAGGUCAUCUUCCAGGAGAACACAGCAGGUACCAGCACUAACAUGCCUGUCUUCUUCCUCUCUUUGUGAUGUCUGUGAUAUCUCCUCAUUGAGUGGCUUUUGUAAAUAAAAAAAGAUUGAUAAAACAUUGAUUCCUUUUCUUUCCAGAUGAUAACUCGUGGCAGGCCGAGGCAGAGAUUGACAUGGAGCUGUUCCAUCAGGUAGCCCAUUGAUAUCAAUGUAUGAGUAAUGCAUACGGAUCAUGAGCUGACUUUGUCCUAAUCCUAAUGAUGUUGCUGUGUUUCCUCUAGAACCAUGUGAUAGUGAAGGUUCCUCCCUACCACAACCUGUCUGUCUCCUCUCCUGUCUCUGUGGGCGUCUACAUCAUGACCAACGCCGGGAGGUCACAUGACGUACAGCCCUUCACAUAUACCCCAGACUCAGGUGUGUGCACUGCUAAGAAAGGAGUGAUGAACGGCAUAGAAGGGUUCACUAAGGCUCCAUCUAUGGUAUACAAUGCGUGUGUUUCUCUCUUGUUCAACCUGCGUUUCUGUUCUGUCCCAAACCAGAGCACUCCCUGGACAUGUCUGUGAAGACAGAGGGGUCUUCUCUGGCUAAGGCCUGCACCUUCCAGGACCAGAUCAAGUCUCUGGCCUCUGACCCUGCCCAGUCUGCUGGUGAACUGGUCAAACGACAGGAGGUCACCCCUAUGGAGGUCUCCAGUAAUACCCCAUCCACAGCACUCUUCAAGGUAGGAGCAAUAUACCAAUCAUAUUUUACCGAUCAUAUUUAACCAAGGAUCCUUGUAUGUACAUUUAUGAUCAGAUGGUUUUGCUGGGACAUCACUCUUUAGUUGUAUCAAUAAAAUAAGACAUCUGGAUCCAGAGUCAUUGGCCAAAUUGUAGGGAAGUGUGUAGAUUCUACAAAAUAUUUAAUUCCACUCUUUUUGUCUCCUUCCUUUAGCCGUCGUCUGACGCCCUCGUCUCGGUCCAGCAAACCCUGGCGCUGAGCUCCAGCACCCCGCCUAGUGCUGAGUCCUUCCCCAGCCCCAUGCCUCUCCAGCAUGGGGACGUGGACUUCCCCCAGUCCCCGGUCUUCCCCUCCCUGGAGCCCCUCUGCACCAUCCAGAAGCAGGACAUCGCCCCCACCACCUCCUUCCCUGUCUCCAGCGACAACACCACCCUCCCCCCCGUCCCCCCAGAGUUACCCCAGCAGUUCCUCCGGGACCCCCAGGAGAGCCUGCCUCAAGAUGCCUCCAACCCCAGCAGCGAGGUGGUGUUAGUGGGCAUGUCCCAGGACGGGGUGGCCCAGCUGGAGAGGGCAGUAAGGGAGCUCCAGGCGGGGGGCAGCGACCUGGUACAACAGGUCAUGGAGGCAGCAGUGGCUCAGCAGCAGCUCAACUCAGUGUUGUACAGCCCCACGGCCUCCACUGACUCACUGCAGCAACACGUACAGGACACCAUGAACAGCCUGAGACUGGGGGGAGCUGAGGGCUCUCUGGCCACACAACAACACAUACAGAUACAACAACAGCAGCAGCAGCAGAUACAACAGCAGUUGCAACAACAGCAGAUCCUUGGCAACAUGCAGCAACAGCAGUUACAGCAACAGCAAGUCCUUGGCAACAUACAGCUACAACAAGAAUUAUUACUACAGCCACAGGAUCAACAACAACUGCAGCAACAGCAGCAACAGAUACUGGGUAACCUACAACAUCAACAGUUUCAACAGCAGCAGCAGGUACUUGGCAACAUACAGCUACAGGAUCAUCAACAACUUCAGCAGCAACAACAACAAAACCAAGCACUAGGCAACCUACAACAGCACCAGCUACAACAACAGUUACAACAGCAGCUCCAGGCUGAGUUCCUCCAGCCACAGAUCCACUCUUCAUCUCAUCCCCAGCAGCAGCCUGUGUCUCUCCUCCAGCAGGCUGGGGAGCUGCUCACCAUCCAGACCUCCAGCUUCCCCCAGCAGCCCCCCUCCCACUCCUCUCCCCCCCAGCAGCUCUUCCAGUCCCCAAGGCCUCUGUCGGAGACCCCCAGCCCCCAGCACCAGGUCCAAGCCGCCCUGCUGCAGAACACUCUGACUGUGCUGACCAGUGGUAGCCUUAGUCAGGAGCAGCAGGCCACAGGGUCCACACUGUUCCUUUCUCCCAACACUCUCUCUAACCAGGGUAGUCAACAGCAGCUAGCAUUCCUUUCCUCCAUGGAGACUUCUGCCUGUGAGCCCCAGACUGUGUCAGUGUUCCAGCCUCAGACCCAGCAGCAGCAGCAGAGCACCCCCAUGGACCAGCAGCAGUCCCCCCAGCAGACACAACUACAGCAAACCCAGCAGCUUCCCAUGGCUCAGCAGGGCUCCUUGUUCCAGACUAGCACUCUGCCCCCCAGCCAGCACCCUCAGCCCCAGCCCACCGGCCUCCUUCUCUGCACCGCCUCCCUCAAACCCCAGGCUCUGCCCCCAGCCCUCCUCUUUAGUACCCAGGCCCAGGGCCCCUCCAUGGGCAGCAACAGCACCCCUCGCCCCCAGGACGCCCCUGCGUCCCUCUUGUUCUCUCAGCCCACCAUGGUGGGGGUCAGGGUAGGGGUGGCCCAGACGGACCCAGCGGAGCCCAUGUUCUUCCAGGACCAGAGCUCCUCUGUAGGGGGGACCCCUGCCUCCAGCAAUCCCCCUCCGCAGGGUCUGUUCCAGGGGCAGCAGCCCAUGCAGGUGGGCUCCAGCUCAGUCAGUGGCCCUCCCAGCCAGCAGGUGGAGCUGUUCCUGCCACAGGGUUCUCUGUCUGGUCUGCAGGGUAGCAUGGCCACACAGGAACUAGGAAACCAGGCUGCAGCAGGGGCAACUAUCUUUGUAAUGCAGAGUGGGCUGGGGGUGGUGGGGCUGCAGAGUACCACAUCCUCCCCUGGUAAGAGACCCCCAGAGCAGCUGUUCCAGACGGGAGUGAGCGGGAACGUUGGCCAGCCAGGAGGACAACCCAACCUGUUUGUGUUCGGCCUCCAGAACGGUGAGACUGCUUUACCUGACAGGAUCAGUACUCCGCAUGGACAAUAGUAGAGGAAUAUUGAUUUACUUGAUAUAAUACUGCAUUGAUACAUUUUAAGAGUCUUUGUGUGACAUCCUUUUCUCCUCAGAUUCCUCCCAGCUGAUGACGUCCUCUGGUCCUACAAUGUCUGCCCAGAGCCAGUCCCAGAACCCCAACCCUUUGCAGGCCAGCCACAUCCAGCCUCUUCUGGACCCAAACAUGGCCCAGACCGCCACACCCAUGCAUACUAAUCUUCAGACACCCAUGCAAACUGGUUUACAAAACGCCAUGAGUAGCUUAGAAAAUGCCUUGCAGGCCAACCUACAGACCCCAAUGCAGACGAACAUACAGACUGAAAUGCAGACCAAUAUACAGACUGCCAUAGAAACAACCCCUAUGCAGACCAACCUCCAGACCCCCAUGCAGACCAACCUCCAGACCCCCAUGCAGACCAACCUCCAGACCCCCAUGCAAACCAACCUCCAGACCCCCAUGCAGACCAACUUCCAGACCCCCAUGCAGACCAGUUUACAGACCCCCAUGCAGUCCAACAUGCAGACGUCCAUGAGCACCUCCCAGAACAUGGAGAAGAUAGAGGACCUGCUGGAGAGCCUACAGGAGCAGUGA